AUGCCAAACACUUCAACAACCAAGCAAGAUAGAAAAGUCAAGAAGGCAAGAACCCUGGAUACAAACAAAGCCUCUAACGAUGGAGCAGAGAACAAAGAAAACAUAGAUUUUGCUAAAGUUUCUCAAAAUACCACUCAGAACGCAGACAACAAUAACUCUAAAGACUUGAAUAUUAAACAAGUAGUUACAGAUACAAGAACAGAAAGUGAGACUACAAAAGAAACAACAGUGGCAAGAGAAAAAAACACUUCACUUGCCCCUCAAGAUAAUACGCGUCAAAAUCUAGCAAAACAAACAGAACACGUGGCUGACAACAAUCACGUGUCAGAUCAACAAGCAGAACCAGAGGGCCACGUAACAGAUAAUGGUCACGAGAUGGAUCUGGCUGAUGACCAAUCUAAUCCAGCAAAUCCAUAUGUGACGAACGAAGAACACAACAUGAAUAUAGAGAAGCUUGAAAAAAUCUCAGCCUCAACCACCACAAAGAUGGAUGAAGAAGUCGAACCAGAGUUAGCAUGGGCAGAAAUGGCAGAAGCAGAAAACCAAUUCGCUCAAAGCCAAACUAUCCAAAUUGAAUCUCCAGAUAUGGAAACAAGUCCAACUCAAAAUA